AUGGUUGAAGUUUCGCUGACAGUCGGAAAACUGGACGCCUCGCUGGCGCUCCUGCUAACAAAAGAACAUCACCUUAUAGAAUUCCCCACCAUCCUGCUGCCUCCUGAUGUUGAGGCCGGUUCCAUAGUCAAAAUUUCAUGCGAACGUGAUCACGACAUGGAGGAAAUUGAUAAUAAAAAGUUCAACAGUAUUCAAGACGAGCUCUAUGCUACGUUUGGCACAAAGUACCCACAAACUCCUCAGUUGCGCGUUCGCAAUGUGACACAGACCUCAGUUGUUCUAGAAUGGGACCCCAUCGAUAUUGCCACGACCGACAUUCUUUCUCUUACACUUUACAAGAACGGUUCUAGAUUUGGUGUCAUUCCAACACCACUUAAGCGCACAGCUACAAAGCUUUCAGGUUUGGCCAUUGAUACCAGUUACUCCUUUUACCUUGUUUUGGCUACUACAGGCGGUACUUUCAAGUCCGAGGAGCUGACCGUCAAAACACAUAAAAUGACGGACUUGACAGGUAUCACCAUUUGUGUUGGCAACAUGGAUGGAACUGAAAUCACUCGCAGUGACCUUGAGGAAACGGUUAAGAAAAUUGGUGCAAAGCCCCUUCAAGAUACAGUCAAGCUUGACACAACUCACUUUAUUUGUACUGUGGGUGAGGGUCCUCAUUGGAAACGCGCUCAAGACCUUAAUAUCCCUAUUGUACGACCAGAAUGGAUUGAAGCUUGUGAAGCUGAGCGACGCCUUGUAGGAGUCAGAGCAUAUUAUCUCAAUGCUGAUCCUAAGUUACGUCCUCCUGUUAAAAGACCUCGUGCAUCUUCCUACGGAGAAACAUCUCUUGCCAACGCAAGUGCUCCCGACUCAGGCGCUACUACCAAUGGUAGUCUUUCGGCAACUUCUUCAGCUGGGCCAUCUAAUCCCAGUGACCCAUCUAUAAACAACUCUGGGGAAGCUAAGACCACUCUUGCAAACUCAUUGCCUCCUGUCAACACGUCUGGCCACAGACGUACUGUUUCUGAAAUCCAAGACUCUCCCAUAUCUACUCCUGUUGCUACAACACCAUCCAUUGAGCCUCUAGCCGAGGAGCCGGAAGCUGAGGCUGAGGCUGAGAAUGCUAGCACAGAGCUCGAAUCUACUACGCCUUCCCAAACUCCACCUUUGCCCUCACCUUCGCAUGAUAAAGAAGCCGAGCCUAGCUCACAAAAGGAUGAAGAUGGUAAACCUGAAACUAAUGGAAUCACACCUACGCCUACAAUUGAGGUCACACCCCCAGAGGAACAUAAGGAGGAAAUUAAUAAGGAAAUUAAUAAGGAAGAAAAAGAAGAGGAAAAAGAAGAGAUUAAAAAAGACAAUGAUGAAGAGAGUGAGUUAGAUAAUGUUGCACUAGAUUCUGAAACCACUACAUUGGCUACAACAAACACUGCCACAAAAAAGCCUGAUGACGAAUUGGAAGAUGAUGCUUUGGAAGAUGAUUCUUUGGAAGCUGAAGCAAGCAUAAGUAACGACACAUCUCGAAUAAAAAAGGAUGAUGAACAGGAAGAAGCUAAAGACACAACAGCUGUUGUACCAGAGAGCGAGUCUAGUGGAGACUUAGCUGAGAAACUUGAGGAGAAUUCUACUGGAGAUGGGGAAGACAAGAAAGAUGAUUUUGAGGAAGUUCAGCUUGGUGAUGAAAAUAAGGAUUAA